AUGAGCUCAAACACACUUUCUGCCGUGCUAGAGAAGCUGAUUCACCGACUGUGUCUGAAUGACUUUCCUUGUGGAUAUGGCACCUGGAGAAAGACCAAAGGCAGCACAGAGGGAGCAGAGACAGAAGAGACAGACGCCCUCCUGGAUCUACUGAGCUGCCCUCACUCUCCCUGGCGGCAGGAUGGAUCAUGGAGCCCUCAAACUGCGGCCCUGAGACAGCUGGCUGUGCUCACACCUGAACGCCUGCACACGGACUUCAUUUACAGUUACUUUACAACACUUCACAUCUUGGACAAGGGUGUCUCAGUCGUUGACGACGGCCUGUUAAAGUUCUCAAAGCUGGAGGAACUGGUGCUGAGUGCCAACAAAAUCUCAGAAAUCCCUGCAGAAAACCUUCCCAGCACUUUGAAGAUUUUGGAGCUACGUGACAACUGGCUGUCUGCUCUGAACAGUCUCACCAGCUGCCCGCCCCCUCGCCUGCAGUACCUCGGCCUCAGCUCAAACAGUCUGGGCUCCCAUGACGUAGUCUGUCAUCUCACAGGAACACACUGGCCACAGCUGGUGUGUCUGGACCUGAGUGACUGUGAGUUUCAGAACCAGCAGGCCCUGCUGGAUGCUUUGAGCACGCUCCCCUGCCUCAGGACGCUGGUUCUAGAGGGAAACCCCUUCACUCUCGCUCCCUCCUACCCAGGCCUCACUGUAGACAGUCUCCCACGGCUCUCAUACUUAGACGCCUCACGGAUCUCCCCUGAAGAAAGAUGUAGUUUUAGCAGCCUCUCCAAGAUAACUGAUCUGAUAGAGGAUCGGGCAUCAGCCACAGUGAGUGUGGGCAGAGUGAGGGGAAUCCCAGACCCAUCGAUGAGUUUGGACGAAAACGCUCCUGAUUUCCCUGUUAUCACCUAUGGCUACUUUAUCACAUACGAGUUCCUUAGUCAUCAAACUGUUGACCUGAAGGUCAGUGAGUCUAAAUGUGACGCAGCACAUGUGACGGAGGACAUCUUCAGUGAUGCUGACCUACAAUCAAACAAAAACUGUGAAAAAGAAUUUUCCAAACCAGACGCACAGGACUUGGUGGUGUAUACUGAGGAAACCUGCUAUGACACUGCACAUGUGUCAAAACACAGAACAUCAAAACUGACAUGGGCAGAGUGCAUGGACUUCAGUGACACACAAACGUACAUUGUUAGUGAUCUGGGAGGCUUAAAGAGAUUUUUCAAUCAAGGUCUUUAUCUUACGCUAGAGGAGGAAAAGGUCCUGUCAUGGCCUGCAGCCUCUGAAGACGUCCCGGUGGCCAAACCCAGCCGAAAUGUUAAAGAGAGGAAAGGUGGGAAAGAAAAAGAGUCUCCAAUCAAAUCAGGUUCCACCAAAGACAAGGACAAAAAGAAGAAAUCUGUACCAGAUCUGGUCCAGGACGCCCCCAUCAGAAGAACCCUUGGCUCCGUCCACGUCCCCCUGCAGGGCUUGGUAAAAAGAGGUCAUAAGGUCGAUGUUCUCUGUGACCUUGGCACCCUGCACACUGAGUCUGAGCUGGAAGCUACGCAGUCACUUGAAAAGGAUCUGGGAAAGAAAAUCAAAGAGGACAAGAAAAAGGAGGACAAGGAAUCAAAGCAGAGAGGAGGCAGCGGUACCAAACAGAAGAAUACAGCAGCUUUUAAAGGCAGAGGAAAGGGAAACAAGGAAUCUGAGACAGAUGUCCACACAGACAACUCUGUGUCCGUCCAACUGGAGCCAUUGACUGUGGAGUUGAGUGUGGAGCUGGAAAAAUGGCAGUCUGCAGCUGAAGCGAAUCAACUUACACUACCACAUAAAAGCAAACAGCCUGAUUUGUCUUAAAGUGCUAACAACCUGAUUACUUCCACCUUGUGCAGUUCUGUCAGAGUGCUGAUUGGUUACCUCGUACUUUCAGUCUGCCUGUCAUCAAGAAAAGGAGCUCGUCCGAGGAGUUUCUGCCUCUCCUUUUGAUCAUCUUUUAUCCUCUUUUGCUGCUCAGAUUUUCAUAAAGUUGUUAGAAAUUUAAGGUGUGGCGGGAGGUUGAGGACUGCAGGUGAGUGGGGUACCCUAUACAUUUCCCUCACGUAGUUAUUUUGUGUUUAGACACACUAGGUUUAUUGGUUGUUGCCACCCAUGUAUUUGUUUGGUGAAGCUCUUUUUUUUUUUUAGAUUUUGCUUUAGGUUUUUGGUUUGUGUUUUGCUUUAGAUGUAGAGGUUAGUUGAGGUCUGGAUUUGUUAUAUUGCUUUUAUUUAUUUGGCACAACCACUUUGGCCCUC